AUGACGUGCGAUGUCGGAGCGCAUACCCACCUCAUCGGGCAACUCUGGAAGACCUAUCGUUGGGGCAAUCAAAUCAUGACAAACGGGGGAUCGUCAAUGGGAUUUGGGAUUCCGUCGGCGAUUGCUGCCAAGCUGUGCUGUCCGGAUCGGCAGGUCGCCUGCGUGACCGGCGAUGGCGGGUUUUUGAUGAUGGCAGGAGAGAUGGCAACCGCCAUCAAUUUAGGAACCCCCGUCGUUUUUGUGAUACUGACGGAUCAGAAUCUCCAGUUAAUCAAGAUUAAGCAGGAACGGAAAGGCUUCCCCCAAUACGGCACGCGCCUUUUCGGGGAUGCCUAUAACCCCGCCCAUACCUAUUUUGGCGUUCCAGUCCUCGUCGCAAAGGAUGAAGAGACGUAUCGGUCUGCACUGAUCAAGGCGUUUGACAUGAACGCACCUGUCAUUGUCGAAGCGUUUGUCGAUCCAGCGGAAUACGAUGAUUUAAUCCUCAAACCACACCGAGUGGAAGAUUAA